AUGACGAUGGGAAGUGGCUUUAAUCCCUGGACGACUUUUCGUCGUCGCCUCUUCGGUCUCCCUGCCUCCAUGACGGUCCAACCCGACACGAUUGGUUGGAGGGUGAGUCCGCUGCCUCCAAACUACCACACAACAGCAACCAGCCUACCCCGCAAAGGGUUGAACGACUCCUCAUUUUGCAAACCGGCUUGCUGA